CUCCGUAAAAAAAUCAAAGUAUGCCGCCCAUGUACAAAACCCUAAUACUCCUCCAGAUAUAAGCUCCUUAAGGUAUACACCGCCCAUUUUCCGUACACGACCUUCGUCCAGGCAGAGAGAGACAUCGGUUAAUCCGAUGCUAUACACCUAUCUUCUUCAACCCUAAAUCCGCCCACCACCAUUCUGCUAGCCUUCAAGCUUCGUACACCAUCCAUACUUCCCCACCAGAGAGCUAACGGUGACUCCGCCGCAGCGAUGCCCUCAUUCUAAAUCCGGUGCCGCGAUGAUCUCAUCCUUACUCCGAUGCAGCGAUGCUGACCUUACCAACGAAAAAUGGAUCUGCAAGUGACAGCAGCUCAUUUGAUUGCUCAUUUGAGAGCUGAACAACCAAUAGAGACAUUUACUGAAAGUAUGCGGGAAUGACAAAUGUGCUGAUUGUGGUACUACUGAACUCGAUUGGGCAUCCUUGAACCUUGGUGUUCUUGUCUGUAUUGAAUGCUCAGGCGGACAUCGCAACCUUAGUGUUCAUAUAUCCAAGGUUGUUGAUUGUCGAGUUUAUGGUGAUCCACACUAGAUGAUAAUUAUCCUUGACGCGUAUGAAGGGACUCUAGAUGAUAAUUAUUCCCAGGAAAUGAAUGUUGCGAGCAUGGGGAAAUGCUGCUUUACCCUUGACAGUUGAUAAGCUGGGAUACAAGGAGCAAGAUGGCCAUCUUCUUUUAAAGCUUUGCCAUUUUGAAGAAGUGAAAAGAUUGCAUAAGAUGUUACUGUCUAUGAACCCUGAUAAUUACAGCUUUCCGGUGGGGGACAAAUGCUUUAUUCUCCAUUGAGUGCAAGUGCUCCCUUCAAGGUCUUUUUGAUGAAUAUUAACACGCAGUUGGAUGACAAGGCUAUGUUAAUACUGAUAGUAGUAAGAAGAUGGAUUGUUGCUAACACGGGAAAUUCAUCCGAACCAUAUAUGAUUGAAAUCGUUAUCAUUGAGGAGAUACAAUUGAAAAGUUUCACUAUGACAACACCAAGUAUUCCUUGCCAUCAAAUGGAUUGUCGCGACCAGCAGAAUUCAUACUCGAAGAUUUGGAGUAUAGCACCAUCAAAACAACCUGUUAGAACCUGUGCAGGAAGAAAACUAAUAAAUUUCUUCUCACAAGAUUUAUCGUAGUAGAUCAUCUUGGGUUGAUAGUGUUAUGGUGUUUCUGUAAUGGUGAUGAAGAAGAGAUUGGAGUAUGGAUCGAAUGGUUACCGGUUUCCUGUUGUACCUGGAGCACCUAGAUCAUCUAGAAGGAGGUAUACCCCAAGCAAGGUUGUUAAAAUCUCGAUUUAAAUCGUAAAAUCGUACGAUUUUAUGAUUCUACAAUAAUAAAUCGAUUCAAAUCGCAGGUAAAAUCAUAAAAUCGUACAAAAUCGUAACAAAAUCAUACAAAAAUCGUGUAGAAUCGUAUAAAAUCGUAUCAAAAUCGUAGCAAAAUCGGUAUAAGUUUUUUUUUAUAGUGAAAAUGGUUCAAAUGUAUUAAAAUUAACUACUACAAAUUGAUACAAAAUUUCAAUAAUAAUAACAUCAAUAGUAUAUUUAAAAAAGUAAUGGAUUCUUGUGUUAUUUAAUUAUUUUUAUGUUUUAGAUAUGUGUAAUGUUAUUAUUCACUCUAUUUACAAUAUAAAAUAGUUUAUAAAUCUUGUUUUUGACCUUGUAGGUAUAGUGGUAUGUAAUAAAAUGACAUAAUACCAUUAACUUGCAACUUAAUUUUAAUAUUUAUUUAUUUUAUAAUUAUUAAAAUAUGUUUGAUAAAAUCUUACGAUUUGCGAUUCGAUUUUACGAUUCGAUUUUCAAAAACAUUUACUGAUUCGAUUCAAAAAUACGAUUUUAACAACCUUGACCCCAAGUGAGGAAGAUAACCAAAUCUGUGCAUUUGAAUUGUUGGCGGCUGUUGCUGGCAAACUCUUACUGGAGAGUGAAAGCUCUGCUUCCAGUAAUGCAACUGAAGGAAAAGACGGACCUGCAAUGCAAACCACACUGGAAAAUUAUAAAGACCAUAUGGUAUUUUCUGGGCUUCAACCAGACCACAAAGCUUUGGAGUCGGAGUACCUUGAUCAAGGAAUUUGUGUGGAAAGUGCGAUUUCACCCCCCAAAGCUGAAUUCCAAGAGCAGAAAAUCAAGAACGUACCGAUGGAAAGUGUCUGGUCUUCACAUUCAGAAAAAAUUCCCAUGUCAGAAAAAGUUUCUUGCAUAAAAUUGGAGAGCCUUAAGCCUUUCAAUGCAGAUGGAAUUGUCAAAUGUGAAGUGGAAGGUGUUAAUAUUGACAACCCAACUGUUUUGCUGCAUGGUGAAGUUAUUCUUGCAAACUGCAUCUGUUGUACAAUGGAGAUAGUGAAUGAGAGUAUCCCUGAAAUUGAAGACUUCUGUAAUAGGAAUUGGAUUCUAAUGAUGAUUUGAGUUCUUUCCCAAUUUGCCAAGAGUGACUUCAUCAAAUACUAUUGAUGACGUCACGACUAUUAUCCCAAUUUCGAAGGGAUGUUUGUGAGAUAAUGCAGAAGGAAAUGGAGGAUCUUCUACCCAAAACUCCUUGCAAACUGCAGAAAUCUAUCAAGGUUGAAAACUCAUAGGCUAUGUUUGGUAUGAUGUAAUCAAUCAUGUAAUGUAAUGAGCAUUACGUGUUGAUUCAAAUACAAUGUUUGGAAUCCAUUACUUUAAAAUAUGGAAUAGGCAAGUUAUGUAUUUGUGAUUACAUUUUCUUGUAUUUUUUUGUGUGCAACCAACUACUCCCUCUCCCGGAAGAUGAUUUUUUUCCCUUUCAAAUCUGCACAUUUCCUUCUUCUCGUGUGUUCCGCCGCCGCUAACCAAACAUAGUAAUGAAAUAUUGAUCUCA